AUGAAAUUCUUCAAGAGUCACUCUUCCAGCGAUCUUGCAGCGUUCUUUGCUGCUUUCUACCCCAGAGAUCUAGAUGUUCUUCGUAUGAGACUUAGACUUCCUAACGACAUCCAAGUUAAGGCUUCAGAUUCUUCCUUUGGUAGGAGGAAAAAUCCUCCCCCAGCCACUAAUGCUGCUAGAGCAACCUCCUCUCCCGCAUCAGCCUCUUCUUCAGCCACCAUCUCUGACACUAUCCCGAGUGUGGUGGCUAUUGAUCUUGUUGUUAGCACCCCUGCUCCCAACCCGAGCACAUCUCCACAGAUCACUACUACCCCUGCUGCUGCUGAGGGUGUUCGGGACAAAGAGCGAGGCAAAAGACCUCAUCCUGACGGUGGAGUCAACCUCGAGGAGGAAUAUCUUACAAGGAGGACCCGAGUUUCUGGGCCGAGCGCUCUCUUGCAUCGCCCAGUCAAAGCUCCUGCCCCCUCCGGGCCUGUUGCAGCUGCUGCCUCUGCUUCUGCUUCAGCUUCUGCCUCUGCUCCUACUCCUGUUUUACCACCAUGGGCUCCUUGA